CAGCCAAAACAAAAACAAACAAAAGUUUCCACACUCAAGUCAAUUAAAACACACUUCAAUUAUAUGGUCCAACAAGUUAGACAUACUAAAAACUAAAUAUGACAUACUAAAAACUAAAUUCUAACAAUUCACAUACCCAAUUUGAAUAUUAUUUGUGUUGUGUUUGAGUGUCUCUCUAUGUGAACAUGGGAGAAGAUGAAGAAGAAGAAGCAAGAAAAGAAGCCAUGGCUAAAUCAGAAUCUGGUGGGAAGAUAACUUUUUUUGUGGUAGCUUCAUGUGUCAUGGCCGCCAUGGGAGGUGUCAUCUUCGGCUAUGACCUCGGAGUUUCAGGUGGAGUGAUGUCAAUGGGGCCAUUUCUGAAAAAAUUCUUCCCAAAAGUGUAUAAGCUCCAAGAAGAAGAUAGAACAAGGAGAAGCAAUAACCACUACUGUCUUUUCAAUAGCCAACUUCUUACGUCUUUCACAUCUUCUCUCUACGUUUCCGGUUUCGUCGCCACUCUACUAGCUUCGUCGGUCACUCGUUCUUGGGGCCGCAAGCCCUCUAUAUUUCUUGGCGGCUUGGCCUUUCUCGCCGGCUCUGCUCUCGGCGGCUCUGCUCAGAAUGUUGCUAUGCUCAUUAUUGCACGUCUCUUGCUCGGUGUUGGAGUUGGAUUCGCAAACCAGUCGGUUCCUCUGUAUCUCUCGGAGAUGGCGCCGGCGAAAUACAGAGGAGCAAUCAGUAAUGGUUUCCAGCUCUGUAUCGGAAUUGGAUUCUUAACUGCAAAUCUAAUCAACUACGAAACCCAAAAGAUCAAACAUGGCUAUGGUUGGAGAAUCUCUUUAGCCACAGCUGCAAUACCGGCUUCAAUCCUCACGCUUGGCUCACUCUAUCUCCCUGAGACUCCGAAUAGUAUCAUCCAAACCACGGGAGAUGUGCGAAAGGCUGAGUUCAUGCUUCGCCGUGUCCGUGGAACACAGAAUGUUCAAGACGAGCUUACUGAUCUCGUCGAAGCUAGUUCUGAUUCUGCUACAGAUUCAAACGCAUUUGUUAUAUUGCUUCAGAAGAAAUAUAGGCCUGAGUUAGUGAUGGCUUUAGCAAUACCUUUCUUUCAGCAAGUUACGGGAAUCAACGUUGUUGCUUUCUACGCACCGGUUUUGUUUAGAACCGUUGGGUUCGGAGAGAGUGGUUCGUUGAUGUCAACACUCGUGACUGGAAUCGUGGGCACAGCUUCGACGUUCUUGUCGAUGCUCGUUGUGGACAGAAUCGGUAGAAAGACUCUGUUUUUGAUUGGUGGGAUACAGAUGCUUGUGGCACAAGUUACCAUCGGUGUGAUCAUUAUGGUGGCUGAGGGUCACAACAACGGGGUGAUAGGGGAAGGGUACGGUUACACAGUUGUGGUUUUGGUAUGUGUUUACGUAUCAGGGUUUGGUUGGUCGUGGGGGCCAUUAGGGUGGCUUGUACCGAGCGAGAUCUUCCCGUUGGAGAUAAGAUCUGCUGCACAGAGUGUGACUGUGGCCGUGAGUUUUGUGUUUACUUUUGCGGUGGCUCAAAGCGUACCACCAAUGUUGUGUAAAUUUCGAGCUGGAAUUUUCUUCUUUUAUGGAGGGUGGGUGGUUGUGAUGACGGUGGCGGUGCAGCUCUUUUUGCCGGAGACUAAGAAUGUUCCGAUCGAACAGGUGGCUGGACUCUGGGACAAGCAUUGGUUUUGGAGGAGAAUGACGAAGAAACGUGAUAUUCAAGAAACCACCAUACUUUAGGUCUUCUUAAGCUUAAAAUCUCUAUUACAUAUGGUGAAAUUGUAUAUUUUUUUUUAUAACAAAUCUUUUUUUGCAUACUAUCCAAAUCUAUUAAACUAAAACUCUAAAACAUUACACAUGUUUAAGGUGUAAAUUAAGAUGGAUUCCCAUAUCCAAUUUAAGGUGUGUUUUGUUA